CGCACAGCAAGAUGAAGGCCGCUCUUCUCACGGUGAUGCUCAGCUGCGCCCUGGCGCUGGCCUCGGCCUACUACGACCACGACCUUGCGCACCACACGCACACGACGCAGUGCGGACACCUGCCACUGGCCGCCGCCCCCGCAGUCGCCGCUGUCGCCGCCCCCGCAGUCGCCGCCGUCGCCGCUCCCGCAGUGGCCAGCUACUCGACAGGCUCCUCCUAUUCGGCUGGGUCCGCCUACUCCGCCGGCGCAGCCUACUCGGCCGGCGCCGCUCUCAGGACGGCAGCGCUGGCAGCCCCUGCAGUAGCCUACUCGGCGCCGGCAGUGGCGAGCUACGCAGCACCUGCGGUGGCCGCCUACUCGGCACCGGCAGUGGCCACCUACUCCGCACCGGCUGUGGUGAGUGCGGGCUACUCUGGCUACUCUGGCGCCAGCAGGGCCUAUGCGGGAUCUGCUGCCACCUCCUACACCUCGGCCAUUAAGUCCGUGGUGGCAGCCCCCGCAGUCGCCGCUGCCCCUGUGGUCGCCGCCGCUCCUGUAGUCGCCGCUGCACCUGCCGUCGUCGCCACUGGCUACUCUGGAGGAUACUCUGGGGGCUACUCGUCUGGCUACUCUACUGGCUACUCAGGAUCGUCUUACAGUUCAGGGAUCAAGUCCGCCGCAGUGAUAUCCGCCCCCGCAGUCGUCGCCACUGCCGCCCCCGCCAUCGCCUACAAGGCCGUCGCCCCCGCAGUCGCUGUGAAGGCGGUCGCCCCGGCAGUGGCCGCCUACUCGGCCGGUGGCUACUCCGGAUACUCCGGCUACUCCAGCGGCAGCUCCUACUCCGCAGCACGCCUGGGCGCCGCCGCCAGGUACUCUGCCCCCGCAGUCGCCGUCGCUGCCGCCCCCGCCGUCGCCGUCGCCCCCGCAGUAGCCACCGUCACCGCCCCCGCCUACGCAGCUGGUGGAUACGCCGCUGGUGGCUACGCCGCUUCCAGGCUGGCCUCAUACUCUGCAGCUUCCAGCCUGAAUGCCGCGUCGGCGUACCGCGCGGCGGCGCCGGCCAUCGCCGUGCAGAAGUACGUCGCCGCCGCCCCCGUGGUCGCCGCCGCCCCCGCAGUCGGCGUGAGGUACUCGUCCGCCGCGGGCGGCCUGGGCUACGCUUCCAGCGGCUACGCGGCCAGCGGCUACGCCGGCUAUUCCGGCCAGGCGGGAGCCGUGCGCUACGCCGCCGCCGCCGCCCCCGCCUACGUCGCCACGGCGCCAGUAGCCGCCGUCGCUAAGGUGCCCGUGGCCGCCGCCGUCGUCAAGCCCAUCGUCAAGGAAUAUGACGACCACCCCCGUUACGCGUUCGAGUACAGCGUGCACGACGCCCACACCGGGGACAUCAAGCACCAGUGGGAGCAGCGCGACGGAGACGUCGUGAAGGGACAGUACUCGCUGGUCGAGCCCGACGGCUCGGUCCGCACCGUGGACUACGUCGCCGACUGGGAGACCGGCUUCCACGCCACGGUCCACAAGGACAGGCCACAGGCGCACCCCUAAGUUCGCUGCCAGAUGACCACGAGCCUCGCUCACCCUCUCUGGUCACGUGUCUUCCACAGCCGUGCACGUCAUGUUCAGAGCAGAUUCUCCGUUGUUCCAUUCCUCUCUCCCAAUUCCCGGUGGAUUUUUGACCAGGAGGCUUUCUCGUGUCUAAAUCAAGUCUGACACCCCGAACCUUCUUUCUGUCCACCUUCGGUUGUCCAAAAUCUCGAGGCAGCUCUCGCCUGGCCGGCCUCUUUUCGUGGCAUCGAUUUAUCACAUCUCGGUCUACAAGUUGUCCGUAAGGCCAGAUUCCAGGUGCACAAAUGGCUCUAAAAGUAUUCACGAUCAUUCGUUGCCUGCAUGGUGCAAAAUACCUGUAGAUAGCAGCCUGGAAAUAAUUCGCGAAUGUUACCCCAGAUAAAAAAAGUUCCUUCGUAUCAACUAAGCCACUAACCUCGCGCCAUGAAAUAUUUCUGCUAUAUCCAAAACGGCAAUUUUUUUUUCUUUCGGCUAUAAUCAUUAUUUUCCACUACUAUGCCAUUUUCAAGCGAUAGUUGACGUGCGUGAGGAUUAGCCACCAAACAGUCCAGCCAUCAGCAUAUACCGGACAAGCGUGAAACUUUGGACAAGUAGUCGUGCGAACAAGUGGUGUACAAAACGUUUAAAAGUAAUGGCAGAAAUAGAGCACUGCACACUGCAAGCCAACUGUAAUAAAUUAACUUGUAGCAGCUAUCACCAGUAACGACAUCAAUAACAGAGUGCACAUUGAGUCAUUGUUUUCGAUCGUGUCAACACGAAAACUGUUUGAAAAUGGUAUAAUAGCAGAAAUUGGACGAUAAUGGAAAUGUUUCAGAAAUUUUGCACGACUGUGGUAUGUGCCCGAAAAAAUGUAAUUUCCGUUAUCGUUACUCCCAGAACAUUUAGAAUGCGAUUUCCGUACUUUUCGGGUUCUGUAAAUAACGCAUACUUAACUUUAAAAAGUACCGUACAGAGAGGGAAGCAGCGAAGCAACACAAAAUAUAAUGCGUUCCGCUGUAACUUGUUUAUCAGUGCUCACAAGCGUGAAACCUUUGACAUGCUAUUCAAUGCAGGAAAGAGAAAUGUGUAAAUAACUAUGACUGUAAUGUUGAAGUGGCGUUCUGCCUUCUUUGGAUGUGUUACCUCUAACCUCUCAGCGAGUUCGAAUGUAUAUACACCCCUUGUUUCGAACCGCCUUUCUCAUUUCUUGAGCACUUUGUACUAUUUUCUUGCCCCACAUACUGUUUAUAAUCAGAGGCUGUAAAUUAUGUGAGCUUCUGCCACACAAAGUAAAAGCUGAUUCUCAGCAUUAUUAUUACCCCACAAUUCUCCACAUUUCUAACGUCGUGGGAAAGAUGUUCGCAUGUUGGGAACUUGGCUUCAUUUCACGAUAAAGAACAUCUUCACUUUUCACAGAGCGUGCUUUAUUUUGCUGAGAGAAACCUUUACUGUGAGGUACAAGAUGGGUGCACAAGAGAAUAUGUAAAAAUCUCAUUAUGAGAUUCUCUCUUCCUAUAGCCUCGGGAGGUAGCAAACGAGAAAUUUUUUGCUAUAGGAAUGUAGAUUACCAGUCUGCCAAUGCUUUUUGUCUUGAAAUCUUCAUUAUUUCCACAAACUCUUCACAGAAAUUUCCCCUAUUCAGCACUAUUCACCUCACAAUUCCCGCAUAUCUUCCGUUGCAAACGGUUUGUGGGUCUUCCUUUUGAGCAGAGAACGAACCUAAAGAUUCAACAUACAGUCUAAAUCAUAUCAUUGUAUUACAUGUAUAUAUUUAUAUUCACUUCAUUAUUUUCUGGACUACGUUUUGCGUCAUCAGACAUCAAGAAUAAUGUCCUAGACAGUAUUAUAUUUUUCUCGGCUGCAGAAAAUAUUUCUCUGCAGCGUUUUCCGAGAACUGCCGCAUAGUAUAGAGCUCGCUGUCAGCUUAAAGCCAGCUAAUAGUAUCGCUGCAUUUCAUUCGAGGUGUAUUUGGUCGAUGGAAGAUACUUUAUGUUUAGUAAGUGGUUCUUUUCUUAGCAGGAAGUUCGAAGCGCUAGUCCUAAUUUUUGUAUAUACUGUGCUCUUAUCGCUUUCACGUGCAAUCCAAAUACAUUUAUAUACCCAUACACAGAGUACAUUCAUAUAUCAAUUUUACUCACACUGGUGUUGUUCCAGGAUGUGCACAUAUCAUUUUCUAUCGUAUGUAGUUUUUUUAUACCAUGGUGCUGUUCAUUAGCGAUAUCAUUUGUAAGUAAUAAUUCAGCUUCACAGCAAACAAGCU